AUGUCUGUCCACUGGCCGGGCAACAGUUUGGCCGUGCCGCCAGAGUGGAAGCUGACAGGAGGAAACGGGCAGCAGAUCGUCGGCAUGAUGGAAAGAUCCUCCUCAUCUCUUUCACCUCUUUCUGAAUCCGCCACGCUGCUCCUACCGCCGGCAGCCACUUCUGCCCCGACGUCCAGAGCGCCGCCGCCCCAUCACCUGCCCUACAGCCAUGCCGCCGCCGGGCAGCCACCGCGGGAGGCUGGGGCCGGGAUCCUGCCUACGCCCAGCCUGCUGCCGGCGAGCGCUCGCAGCCGACCGGCCUCCCGCGCCGAGACCGCCUCCCAUCGAGGGCCGCCUCCCACGGCGAGGCCACCUCCUAGCGCCGGCUCCCAUGCUGGGCUGCCUCGCGGCGAGGCCGCCGCACGCGCCGAGGUCGUGAUGGCGCUGCUGCUACUACUCCUGCUGCUCGCGCUCGCUGCACGCGCUGACGAUGAUGGCGGCGGUGAUUCCGAGGCCGCGGCGGUGUUGCCGGCAGAGGCGGAGGCCGGGGUGUGGAGGGCGCACCCUGCUCCCACCGCCGCCGGAUGCUCCGGCCCCGGCGUCCAUAGCUGCGCGCUCGCCUCAGAGGUCGCCGACGCACACCUCCACCCUUUGCAAGCUCCUCUCGUGGUGGGACACGAGCGGCGGCGGUAG